CGGCUGUGGACUGUAGCAUGCAGCUGAGAAGCCCCACAUACACAAAGCAGACGAUGACACUAGCUGCUGCUGGUGGGAGCACAGCACAGGAGGUGAUUGCAGUAACCCCCGUCUGUCCAAGCAUAGAGAUAACAAGGCUAAAGGUAUCAAAAUGAAACUAUCUAUUCUUGGAGCUACUGGCCAGACUGGAUUGUUCUUGGUUUCCCAAGCCUUGCAGGAUGGACAUCAAGUAACAGCUAUUGUGAGAAAUGUCAGUAAAAUGACUAUUCAGCACCAAAAUCUUAAGGUGGUAGAAGGCAACAUAUUUUCACCUGAAUCAUUAACAGAACAUUUUAAAGGACAGGAUGCAGUUCUAUCAUGUUUGGGAUUCCCAACUAAGAUGUUUUCCUCUAUCAGUGGAUACACAGACUCCACGACUGCCAUUGUGAGCGCCAUGCGUCAGAGUGGAGUGAGCAGGAUGGUGAUAAUGAGUUCAUGGUAUACGGAUACUAGCUCAGCACAGAAUGCUUCAUUCCUUGUGCGCAAACUACUCAUACCUAUAAUCAAAAGUGUGCUUACAAACAUGUUUGAGAUGGAAAAAUACCUGGAAAAAGAAUGUUCUGAUCUUAAUUGGACUGUUGUAAGACCACCAGGACUUCAGAACAAACCUGCAACAGAGAAAGAAAUAUUGACUCAUGAAGGAUAUUUUGUUCCAAAUGAAAAGGGGUACCCAAUUACCAACACCGUAUCACGUGGAGAUGUAUCACGCUUUAUGCUCUCUACCCUUAAUGAUGACAAAUGGAAUAGAAAUAUAGUUGCAAUGUGUUGUAAAUCAUGAGAAUUUGCAAGAACAGUACAAUAAAAUGUGCUAUAUUUACUAAGUG